AUGGUAUUUGCUCUCAUCGGUCAGACUGGAAUUGGCAAGAGUACCAUAAUCAAUGCGUUGCUUUCAUCGUCCGCAGGAGGCUCCAUCGCGCAGACCGACCCUGGAAGCAAAGCGUGCACGUCCACCGCAGUGUAUUACAAGUAUAUCACUGCUACUGAUAAUGAAGGUAGCGCGUACAAAACGUGUGUAAACUUCCUGUCGGGAGAUGAACUUCGCGGCAUGCUGAAGUUGCUGAAGGAAGAGUAUCUGGCUGUUCAUAGCCCCGGAGAACCGAUAGAUGACGACCCCGCGGACCAGGAAAUCGACGCGACAAUGGCUGCCCAUGCCGAAAAUCUAUCUGACUGUGACGAUGUUGACGAGGAUUUCGAAAAGAUCUACGAUGAUUACAGGGAGCAUUUGGAGCGAGCAGCGAGGGCUCACUACGCCCUAGAAUCGGCUCGCAACUUGCAGGAAAAGGCAACCUCAUCUCUCUAUUACACCACACGUGACGUUGCACCGUUGUCGCUCACAAUCAUCGCUGCCUCUCCGAAAGCCUACAACAACUGGCUGAAGUCCCGACGGAGUAAGAAGGAUUCACCCGACGUCGACGUCUUUCAAACACACAUUCCAGAUUUGAUAAAUCUUUUACUACUUAAGGCAGCUCAAGCCAACCACCGAGUCAUCGGUCAACACCUUAAGUGCUCGGCGCUCAUGCACGAUCGGAUUGAAACAUUGGUAGAGGGAUACAAGGUGAGAGAGCGGAGAGAGAUCGUCAAGGAAGGGAAGCUGAAAGACUUUGUUACCUUCUGCUAUGGUGUACCAGGACAACUGAAGGACUUCGUGAAAGAUGGAUAUAUGUCUGAGGAUUGGUCAUUAUGGGAGGACAAGAUGAAGGAAAUCAUGCCCAGUGGUGUCAGAGAUUGGGCUGAGGAACAGCUCGACCACCUCGCGCAGGCUAUUCCCGAAUUACCUGACCAGGAUGCUCGGCAUGAUGCGGACGCGCACUGGGAUGCUACCAAAGCGCAAGUCCUUGAACUCGUGGAUGAAUUCGUCGAUUCUGUUGUACAACGUCAAAAUCAAAUACUCAACUCCUACACCCAAGCGUCCGGUCACAACAACAUGAUGGCCAAAAUUCUCGAUCCGGUAUAUUCGAGAAUGGUGGCAGAAUCAACAGGCACAGGAGCAUUGCUGCGACAAAAGCUCGCGUUGAAAAGCGAACUCACCAAAGUGGGCUCAGACGAACGACCAUGGCUGGUAGCAGCUGUAGAGGAGGAGGGUUAUCAGGGAGUUGCGCAAGGGGUGCUUGAGCUCACGGAAGAGCUGCAUAACGACAUCAAAAACAAAUUGACAGACCACGGAAAUAUGCUGAAGAACAUGGGAGGGCCAGCGAGCACCGAUCCGGCGUUGCGAAAGGCCGUUGACCAGCUACUUGCUCUCUUACCCAAGUUGAGGCAGGAUCAGGCUGAUCUGAAAAACCAGUACCUGGGGGAGGCUGAUGAUCCGGAGACUCUCAUGCGCAGCUCCAAGCACGCACUUCACCAUCCCGAGCCCACACCACCUAGCCGCCACGUCUACGUAGUCAUGUACUCGGAACGCGCCGGCCCCGUCACCACUCCCCUCCCAUACCAUAGACAAGUCACCGCCUUCACCAACGGCAUAUCCCUGACCCCCAAAGAUCUCAACGACACGUACAACAUGGCUGCACCAAGCGCUACCGGAGCUCAAAGGGUCGAAGUCGUCACACUCUCCAAUCGCGAGAACCAUGCCCAGACCAUGUCGUUCAUCAUGAACACCAUGUACGGACCGCCGACAACUCAGGAGCCCGGUGGCGAUCAGCAGGUCUGGAUAUGCGGAUGGACGGACUAUCAGCAGGAGGCGGUGUGGAUUAUGGAGGAGACGAUUCGGAGGGAAGAGGUGGGCGAGGGAAAGGGGUUGAGUACGUUGCAGCCUGAGUGGAAGUGGGAGGAGGGACCUGGGGGGUACUUGAACAAGGCGAUUUGGGAGACUGAGACGGGGAAUUUCUUGCAGUAUGAUGUACUUAGAGUUGAGGUUCAGGAGUGA